GGGAGCGAACCGGGCAGAGCGGAGCGGCGGCGGCAGCUUGGGCUCCGGGACGGGGACUGGGAGUGGGACCGGCGACGGAGACGUGUCCCAGGACGGCGGCGGAGCAUGGGUUGCGUGAGGUCGAAGGAAGCUGAAGUCCAAGAGAAGACGAUAAAAACUGAUCCUGACCCUGACCCUGGCCCCUGCAGUGUCCAGCAGGGCCACUAUGUGAGGGACCCUACAGCCACCAACAGGAGGAACAAUGAUGUCCCCAGCAUGGCUGUGCCCCUGCCCGAGGAUGGCUCGGGGGACAGUGUGGUGCUGGCACUUUACGACUAYGAGGCCAUGAAUGUUGGGGACCUCAGCUUCCAGAAAGGGGAGCGAAUGAAGGUCCUGGAGAACUCAGGGGAGUGGUGGCAAGCACGGUCACUGGUGACGGGAUGUGAAGGCUUCAUCCCCAGCAACUACGUUGCCCGAGUCAACUCGCUGGAGACAGAGGAGUGGUUUUUCAAGGACAUCAGCCGGAAGGACGCAGAGCGGCAGCUCCUUGGUCCCGGGAACAUGAUCGGGUCCUUCAUGAUAAGGGACAGCGAGACGACAAAAGGCUCUUACUCGCUGUCGGUGCGGGACGGGGACGAGCUGCGGGGCGGUGCAGUGAAGCAUUACAAGAUCCGGACUCUGGACAGCGGCGGCUUCUACAUCUCCCCGCGCAACAACUUCAACACUCUGCAGGAGCUGGUCCAGUACUACAAGGGUCAGAGCGACGGGCUGUGCCAGAAGCUCACCUACCCCUGCCGUGUUCCCAAACCACAGAAGCCCUGGGAGAAGGAUGCCUGGGAGAUCCCUCGSGAGUCACUGAGGCUGGAGAGGAAGCUGGGAGCUGGACAGUUUGGAGAAGUGUGGAUGGCUACCUACAACAAGCACACCAARGUGGCAGUGAAGACGAUGAAGCCGGGCAGCAUGUCCGUGGAAGCCUUCCUGGAGGAGGCGAAUCUGAUGAAGACUCUGCAGCACGACAAGCUGGUCAAGCUGCACGCAGUGGUCACCAGGGAGGARCCCAUCUUCAUCAUCACUGAAUUCAUGGAGAAAGGGAGCUUGCUGGAUUUCCUGAAGAGUGAUGAGGGGAACAAGCUGCUGCUCCCAAAGCUGAUUGACUUCUCUGCCCAGAUUGCAGAAGGAAUGGCCUUUAUUGAGAAGAGGAACUACAUCCACAGAGACCUGAGAGCCGCCAACAUCCUGGUGUCGGCAGUGCUGGUGUGCAAGAUUGCAGACUUCGGGCUGGCCAGGGUCAUCGAGGACAGCGAGUACACGGCCCGGGAAGGUGCCAAGUUUCCCAUUAAAUGGACUGCACCGGAAGCCAUCAACUAUGGAUCCUUCACGAUAAAAUCUGAUGUCUGGUCCUUUGGGAUCCUCCUGACCGAGAUCAUUACAUAUGGACGCAUUCCCUACCCAGGGAUGUCGAGCGUGGAGGUGAUCAGGGCGUUGGAGCAUGGAUACCGGAUGCCCCGCACAGAUAACUGCCCCGAGGAGCUCUACGAUGUCAUGAUGAGGUGCUGGAAAACCAAACCCGAGGAUCGUCCCACCUUUGAGUACAUACAAAGUGUUUUGGAGGACUUCUUUACUGCGACAGAGAGCCAGUACCAGCAGCAGCCAUAGCGCAGGAUGCUCAGGGCAGCAGUGCCAGCUCUUCCCUGUCCCAUUUGUGCCCUGCUUCCCCUGCCAGAGUGGCCCAGAAACCACAGCCUUCCCAGCACGGCUGAGCAGGAGGAAGAGCAGGAYGGAGGGAGAAGAGAUGUGGCCAUACCUUGUGCCUUUCCCAGGAGCCUGAGUACUUGUGGGGAGACUGCUCCAGGAAGCGCUGGCUGGACAGUGGAUGCCCAGGCCCCAGAAGGAGGGACAGGGCUCGAUCUGCUUUUGCUGCAAAGAAAAAACUCAGAUUAGUAUAUUUUUAAUCCUUACGAGACUUUAUAACAUCGUUCUGCAGAAGUAGGUGCUAUAGCSUGCUGGCCUUGGUGAAAUGCCGUGCGUGCCUGUGCUCCUCGUGUGAUUUGAUCCCAGUGGAUUCCCACAGAGUAUGCUGUAGCACAGCCCGUUGGUUCAUCAUCAGCACACCAUCCCGGGGUCUGGAUAUCGGGUGUCACAGACACGUGUCCUCCUCCUCUCUCCCUCCUGAGUUUCCUUCCUCGGUAUUUUCAUGGCACCCCCUGUGUAUAGCGCAGGUUUCAUGAGGCUGUGCCACAGGGGCAGAUGGACACAGACAGUGCUUUUCCAGGCCAUCCCUGCAUGGAUCCCCCUCCACUUGCCUUGGGAGGAACCUCUGGAGAYCAAAGCCAUGGCAAAAGAAGCCCUUUCCCUCAUGGCCCAACUCACACGCAGGAUUUGUCUGCUGGGGCAUUUGCAGUGACAACAAAGGACCAGGUGCUCCCUGCACACUUAGUGCUGUUUAUUUUAUCAUUUGAUGACAGGUUAUUUGAGGAAAAGGAGUAAACAGUAUUUUUUUAAGACAGCCCUGUACCUCUUAUAGCAGGGAGACUGGGCCUGUGAUUAUGUUUUCGAUACCAACAGGCAAACACCGUCGCUUCUGC